GAUUUCCUCUCGACUGAUGAGGUCAAUCGUUUGAUGAGUAUGACAAGAAGGAAGAGAAGGAGUGUGGUGCGCGAUUUAAUAGAAUCUCGUAGAACGUGUAGGCGGAUGACAAACAUACUUUCUAAGGAGUCUAAAAUCUUCAAAGAUAAGAUAUUUGGGGCUGAGGAGUUUUCCCAAACAAUAGAGCUAAAUAAAUUACGAACUCCCGCAAAGACGACAAAGACGGCAAA